AUGAGACUAAAAAUGAUAGGCAAAUAUAUUAUAUCCUGCUCCUUCAAAUCAGAAAAAUUAAAAUGAAGUGGUUUAUCUUUUUAUUCUAUUAUACACUUGCUUGGGAUUACUCUAGCAAUGGAGGAGACUGGACUGACACGUGCAGUUCUGGAAACAAACAGUCCCCAAUUAACAUUAAGAAAAGCAGCGCAAGCUCUUUAG